GACCGAGCAAAACACAUUGUAGCCGAAUUUGUUUGUGGUUUACACAAUCUUCGUAAUUUUUUGAAAAUAAUUGCCUUGUACACAAGAUGAUUAUUCCAAUUCGUUGUUUUACCUGCGGAAAGGUUAUCGGCAACAAGUGGGAGUCGUAUUUGGGCCUUCUACAGGCGGAAUACACAGAAGGAGAUGCCCUGGAUGCUUUGGGUCUGAAGAGGUACUGCUGCCGUCGCAUGCUCUUGGGACACGUGGAUCUUAUCGAGAAACUGCUUAAUUAUGCUCCCCUGGAAAAGUGAACACAAUAAUAACCCAACCGCACCGGACUUGGGAAUAGAAACUCUAGAUUUUAUUGUAAAAUUACAAAUUAAAGCUUGAUGGAUUAGCCCUAGAAGUCAUGUAUAAGCCCAA